AUGAGAAGUGUUUUCUUCGUUUGUUUAAUGGCUACAAUAGCCCUUGUUUAUACAAGAGAAGUGCGUUACAAAAGGAAUGCUGACUUAGAAGCUGCUGCAUCACAACAUUGGGAGAAAGGCGGAGGCGGCGAACACCAUGGUGAUCACUUUGGCGAACAUGGCGGACACGACGAGAAAGGUUACAAGGGAUACCACGAACAUGAACAUGGAAAGAAAGGCCAUUCGGAUCACGAAGGACAUAAAGGACACUAUGACGAGCAUGGCGGACACGAAAAACACCAUCAUCACGAUGAUGGCUACUACGACGAGCACAAUCACGAGGAAAAGGGAGAAAAGGGUUACGGCUUCGAAGAGAAGGGACACUUCCAUAAAGGCCACUCUACUAAGGGACACCACGGCAUUCACAAAAUAGAUGAGUUCAAGAAGGAUAAACAUUUCCACGACAAGCACGGUGAAUCUGGCUUCGAAGAAGGCUAUGGUGGUCAUCAUCAUGAAGGUGGAUACACUGAAGGAGGUCAUUUCCAUAAAGGACACAAAGACGGAGGCUUCCACGAACAUGAGCACGGAGAAAAAGGACACCACGAAAAAGGAGGAUACCACCACGACCAUAAAGGAAAUAGUGACGAAGGUGGCCACCAUGAACAUUGGGGACACAAUGAAGAUCACGGCAGCAAAGGGGGACACGAAGAGCACAAAGAUUGGGACUGGAAAGGUCACAAAUGA